AUGGACGCGAAUCAACGGACAAUGAACCCGACGUGCACGGGCACCUCGGUGAUGGCCAUCCAAUACGACAAGGGCGUCGUCGUCAUGUCGGAUCGGGUCGUCAGCUACGGAAAAACAGCUCGAUAUCAUAACGUCUCCCGCCAAUACAAAGUGAACGACAACGUGAUCGUGGCGUUCGGAGGCGACCACGCCGACUUCCAAUGGCUGCAGAAUCUGAUCGAGCGAGUGGUGGCCGAGUGGAACUCGCUGGGACACGAUAUCGGGCCCAAAUCUCUGCACGGAUACCUCACCAGCCUGCUCUAUUCACGCCGCACGAACAUGGACCCGCUGUGGAACACGCUACUCGUCGCCGGUGUCGAAGAAGAUUUCGAGAACAAGGAGUCCUUUAUCGGCGUCAUCACCCAGAAGGGCGUCGCCUACCCGGUGAAGAGCGUGGCGACGGGGAUGGGCGCUAUGCUGGUGAACCAGGCGAUCGAGGACGAGUUCCGCAAGAAGGAAGGAAAAUUGACGCGCGCCGAGGCGGAGAACAUCCUCCGCAAGGGCCUCGAGCUGACGUUGUACCACGAUUGCGUCGCCGACAACAACUUUGAGCUCGGCGUCGUCGACAUGGACCAGGGAACGAUCAUGGGCAAGGAGGAACGCAUCAUCGGCAACUGGCAAAUCGCCGAGGCCAACUGCCAAUACGAA